AGAGAGUUCUUGAGUUUUUUUUUUUUUUGGAACUCAUGAACUGUGAAUGGCUGGGAUUACACUGUAAAUAGAUGUAAUCAUACUGGUCUGCUGGUCUUCUGGCCAGAAUUCCUAUAAGUGGUUUAAAAAAAAAUACAUUUGAAAAAAAUACGGAGGUCAAGACAUUUCUCGCGUUUUCACUGAAAGGGCAUUUCACUUUUUCUCCCAUGUCUAAAGUAAUAUCGCUUAUCUAUAAGUGCCAUAUCUGUCAUACCUCGUCUGUUGAUGCGCCCCGAUUGAGACGGCAUUUAGUAUAUUGAAUGGUCAAUCAAGUACAACACGCUAUGUCGAUGGGAUGGGAUAUACCAUUGUGGACAGUCAAGAAUGCGUUGUAAUAGGAUCAGCAAGUGGUCCAGUAAAAGAAAGAAGAGGAUGACUCACUGAAACAGCUACACACCUGCAUUUGUGUAUUACAUUCAGUUAUUAGCUGUUAACCAGAUGCUUCCAUUAAUACGAUGAAGAAAGUACUAGCUUUUGGGAUCAAUAUCGUCAAGACAACCAUUAUCUUAUCAACAUUAAAUAUAAGCGAAGCUGGUGAUGGCUACGUUUUUAAAGAGCUUGAAAGCUGUCAACUACCAAUUAAUUAUGAAGAUCGACAGAAAUAUUUACGUCUCUUUAAUUUCAUUGCAAAUUUUAUUCUGUUACUGAAAGAUCAAUAAAUCAAGUUUUUCAACAACUGAAAAAUGAGCAUUAUGGUACUAUUCCAAUUGAUAAAUCUUUCACAAUCAGAUCUAAAUUUAAAAAUUGAUAUUACUUCACCGGCAUUUUGUCUAAAUCGUGUCAAACAAUUUACCAUCGAAUACCUAUACCAUGUAAAGUAUCAAUUUUCUUAUCACAUGUAUAGAACCAAAUAAAGCAAUCUCUUCAUCGUUUCAUAUAAAUGCGCGCUCGAUCUUCUUCAAAAUUACAUCUAUUUUGAUUGUCCUAACUUCUUCACAACUUUACCUUGAAUCAUAUAGCUGUUAAUGAUAAAAUAUAUGAUUGUGUGCCUUUCCUUUGCAUCUUUGUUAUAUUAUGAUGGUGUUUCUAUUUCGUCUGUUCUAUACACAUUGCUGUUAUAAAUAAAAGAAAAGAUAAAGAGUGUCCCCCG